GAGAGAGAGAGAGAGAAAUCCCCCGCCAAAUCCCAGUAACCCUCAGAUUGAGAAUUCCAGACCUUCUUCUCUCAGUUUGCAAUUAGGCGAUGGCAGCGACUCGGAUUCAAAUCGAGGUCCGUACAUUGACCGGCGAAGCGACCACCGUCUCAGCCUCCGUCAACGACGCCGUUUCAGACCUCAAGCUACUUCUCAACCAGUCCUUCCCUCCCGCCACCAACUCUCCCAAUUUCCACCUCUUCUUCAAGGGUGAGAAGUUGAGGUUGCAGAGUCGAAUAGGCACACACGGGAUUAAGCCGGGUGAGGUUCUAGUGCUGGUCCCGUUUGUUAAAAAGGUGGCCAAUAAUCAGAGCCAGAAAUGUGAUCAAUCUGAUCCAUCGUUGAAUACUUCUGCUAAUCGCUCCAUGUCCAAGUUUGCGAACUCCGCAUGGUCUGAUAUGAUGCAGGACUUGUCAUAUUUGCGUGAUGGUUCGAGUGAUGGAACCCCCAGUGUGUCAAAUAUAGGGAGUUUUAGUGUUGGAGAUGGAAGUGGAGAUUGCUCUUGUGAAGUGAAGCGGAAGAGGGGGUUUGGUUGUGAUGAGAUGAUAUUGGAUAUGUUGUGGGCUAGUAGAAGCAAGAGUGUUCUUGAUGAACAGAAUUCUAGAAGGUUUGUUGAGCUUUUGGAGUCGGUGAAUUGUUUAUCGGAUCCAUAUUCUGGGGACUGCAUGUUGUGGAGAAGAAAAGCUAGCUUACAAGGCUUUGGCUUGGGGCUGCCUAACAGCAAUGGUAAUUCAUGCUUAUGUCCAGAGUGGUUGAAGAAAAUCAUGAAGGGGUUUGCUUUCUUAAACAUUUUUUCUGCACUUGUUCAACUUCAGCAGGAGAGGACAACCUCAACUCUAUUGGAGCAAGCACUGAAACAGCUUGCGACGUUUGGAGUUAAACUUGAUAUGCAGGACAUGGAGCAUCUUUCGGUUAUUUCUCCCAAGGUAGUUCUUUUUGUGAAGAAGAAUGCAGAGGAGACAAGUUCUGGUAAUGCACUAGUUAUUAUUGAAUGCUCGGCAGAACAGAACCAUGGAGACAGAAAUAAUCAUGAAUCUGCUUCGAAACAGAUGGAUGUAUCAAAGAUUGUCAAUGAAUUGAAGAUGCAGGAAAGUUCUUUCAAAAGUAAUUUGUGGGAGGCUGUUGAGAGGUUAAUGUUUAUCAAAAGAAAUGAGAUUUCCUCCUUGGAAGACUUUCUCAUUUCUGUGAAGGAUUGCGGUGCUGCUGCAAGAGGAAAUAAAGUUAAUCAAGCAACGAAAAGCCACACAGCUUCAACUACUGAUUCAGACAAAAAGCACUCUGCAGCUUCAACCUCUCGUUCACACAAAAAGCGAGCACUAUGUCAUAGAACAGGUCCAUUGCUACCAGUUGAGAUGGUUGAACAUCUUAGAAAGAGAAUUGGAUCAGCAACGAAGAUAGUGCAUGUCGAAGACAUUGGUGCUCGAAAUGCCGUUCAUGUGGAAGUUCCACAGGAACUAUCAGAAAAUCUGAGAUCUGUACUUCAUUCUAUUGGAAUCACUCAGUUAUAUAGCCAUCAGGCAGAGUCGAUACAAGCCUCACUAACUGGCAAGAAUGUUGUUGUGGCUACAAUGACAUCCAGUGGGAAAUCUCUUUGCUACAAUCUACCGGUCAUUGAAGCCCUGUCCCAGAGUUCCUCAUCAUGUGCUCUAUACUUAUUUCCAACGAAGGCUUUAGCUCAAGAUCAACUAAGAGCUUUCUUAGCUAUGACCAAAGGAUUCAGUGGUAGCUUAAAUGUUGGUAUAUAUGAUGGUGACACUAAUCAGCAGGAAAGGACACGACUGCGUCAAAAUGCUAGACUGCUAAUCACAAAUCCAGAUAUGUUGCAUGUAUCAAUCCUGCCACACCACCGAAAAUUUGGCCGGAUUUUGGCAAAUCUUAGGUAUGUAGUGAUUGAUGAGGCCCAUGUUUAUAACGGAGCAUUUGGUUGUCACACUGCUCUUAUACUUAGGCGACUUCGCCGGCUCUGUUCACAUGUGUAUGGAAGUGAUCCUUCUUUUGUGUUUUCUACUGCGACUUCAGCAAAUCCUCGUGAGCAUUGCAUGGAACUUGCGAAUUUACCAACUCUAGAGUUGAUUCAGAAUGAUGGAAGCCCUGCUGCUAGAAAGCUUUUCAUCCUUUGGAAUUCUGAGGACAGCGCAAUUGAGGAUAUAUCAUUCCUGUUUGCUGAAAUGGUCCAGCAUGGACUACGGUGCAUUGCAUUUUGCAAAACACGCAAGCUUUGUGAACUUGUUUUUUGCCAUACGCGUGAAAUUCUUCAGGAGACAGCACCCCAUCUGGCAGAGUCUAUAUGUUCUUAUCGUGCUGGUUACAUUGCUGAGGAUAGGAGAAGAAUAGAGAGUGAUUUAUUUAACGGGAAACUUUCUGGUAUUGCUGCAACAAAUGCCCUUGAAUUGGGUAUUGAUGUCGGACACAUUGAUGUAACUCUUCAUUUGGGUUUUCCCGGAAGUAUUGCUAGCUUGUGGCAACAAGCUGGCAGAGCCGGAAGGAGAGAGAGACCUUCUCUUGCUGUAUAUGUUGCAUUCGAAGGGCCCCUUGACCAAUAUUUUAUGAAACAUCCAAAUAAACUUUUUGGAAGCCCAAUUGAGUGCUGUCAUGUUGAUGCUAAGAACCAACAGGUUCUUGAACAGCAUUUGGCUUGUGCUGCUCUUGAACACCCACUGAGCUUGUUUUAUGAUGGGAAGUUUUUCGGUUCUGGCUUAAACAGCGCCAUAAUGUCUCUUAAAAGUAGAGGAUUUCUGAGUUAUGAUCCAUCAUGUGAUUCUGCUGCUAAAAUCUGGAACUAUAUUGGGUAUCAGAAAAUGCCUUCACAUUCAGUUAGUAUUCGAUCAAUUGAAAGAGAGAGAUACAAAGUUAUGGACGAUCAAGAGAAAGAAAUCGAAGAGAUUGAGGAAAGCAAGGCUUUCUUUCAGGUAUAUGAAGGUGCUGUUUAUUUGAACCAAGGAAAGACAUACCUGGUCACGAGCUUAGAUUUAUCUAGCAAGAUUGCUUGGUGCCAAAAAGCUGAUGUAAAUUAUUAUACGAAACCCCGUGAUCGCACAGAUAUUCAUGUAGUUGGUGGUAAUGUGGCUUAUCCAGCUCCAGCUAAGCUUUCCAACCAGUUCUCCAGAACAACUGCCCGAGCAGAUCCUUGCAGAGUAACAACUACAUGGUUUGGAUUCUAUCGUGUACACAAAGGAAGCAACAUGAUAUUUGAUAAAGUUAACCUUGCACUUCCUAAAUAUACGUAUACGUCACAGGCAGUUUGGGUUCCGGUUCCACGAUCAAUAAUUAAAGCAGUGGAGAGUAAACAACUUGAAUACCGUGCAGGGCUGCAUGCUGCAUCACAUGCUGUUCUGCACGUUGUGCCUCUACGAAUCAUUUGUAACUUAUCUGACUUGGCUCCAGAGUGUGCGGACCCUCAUGACGGCAGCUAUUUUCCGGAGAGGAUUCUAUUAUAUGAUCAGCAUCCUGGAGGGACUGGUGUCUGUGUACAGGUUCAUCCAUUUUUUAUGGAGCUCUUGGCUACUGCUCUGGAACUCCUGACAUCUUGCCACUGCAGAGAAGAUGAUGGUUGCCCUAAUUGCAUUCAGAGUUUUUGUUGCAAGUCAUAUAAUGAGGUUUUACACAAGGAUGCAGCAAUUAUGAUCAUUAAGGGUAUUCUGGAUGCGAAUAUAUCUUCUGACUCUUCUGGAUCUUGAGUGAAGCAACUAGAAAAGAAGAAAGAGAUUUGAUUCCCU